UCCUAGGGUUAAUCCACACGGUGCAUGCUUAAGUAGCUUCUCAUGAUGCUGAACUUAACCUCUUUAACCUAACUUAAACUUUACCAAAGUGUAAAUUAAACAUGUUACCAAGUAUAUAAAAAAAUAUUAUGAAAUAUUCAAGGAACAGAGCGAUCAAAAUGGCUCUUUCCAAGCCUACAAAUUUUAUAUUUCAACUUACUGCUGCUUACUUUCAAAGUCUUUAUACGAAUCCACUAAAGACUAAAGCGAUCACAAGUUGUGUCAUCGCAGCUUUUGGGAAUUUUAUCUCACAAAAAAUUUCUGGUGCAAAACAUUUCAAUGAAGAUAGUUUUCUUGCAUUUGCUCUGUUUGGGCUAUUUUUUGGAGGCCCACUUCCACAUUAUUUUUAUACAUAUAUACAUCCAUUUGUAAGAAAUCCUUUAUUACUUUUGUUGAUAGAAAGGUGUUUAUAUACACCAUGUUAUCAGGGAUUAACAUUGUACAUGUUGUCUAUAUUUGAGGGUAAUUCACACAAUAAUGCUUGGAAGCAAAUGAAAAAAUUAUAUUGGCCAGUAAUUACUGCAAAUUUAAAAUAUUUAACGUUGCUUCAGUUUAUUAAUUUAAAAUAUGUUCCACCAAUACUACGUGUCCUUGUGGUAAAUCUUAUUGGUUUUGUUUGGGUUAUAUAUCUUGCGCAACAACGUUCUAAACAGUCAAAAGCCAUAAAAUAACAUAAAUACAAGACUAAUAUAUCCAUAUAAUAGAAAUUUAGUGAAUUUAUAAUAGAAAUUUUUAUGAAUUUAUGAGACCUAUAUUUGCUGAGUACUACAUAUUUUAUAUGUAAAUUAUGUAAAUAAUUUCUUAUUCCAAUGUUAAACAAUU